GGGAGAAGGGAGAGGCAGGGACCGAGAAGGAAGGGAGGGAGGAGGAGGUGAGGGAAGCGGGAUGGAGGGAUGGAGUUAGGGGGCUUGGGAGAGCUUUUAAUGAAAAGGGAGCGAAGAAGGGGAGUGUGCAUCAGGAACCCAGAGGGAACCCAAGGGAGAAGGAGAAGGCAGAGAGAGGAGUAGGAAGAUCGGGAGGUAGAGCGAGCCUGGAGGGCUCGGGAAAAGAGAGAAAGGGGAGGCAAAGCGAGGGAGGGGAGGAGAGACGGGAGAGGUGGGGGGUCUCAGUCCCCGGCUGCCUCGGUAACUGGGGAACUGGGACUCCCUGUAGGGAGGAGCAGAAGGCUGGAAGUCCUGGGAGGGGUUAGGGUUCCACAAAGAAGGGGAGAACCUGAGAGAGGGCCGGCCGGGACAUUGGGAAGGGGUCACCCCGAGGCCUCUUGGGGAUGGGGUCUGCAGCUCGUCUGAGCGCCCCUCGGGCGUUGGUACUCUGGGCCGCACUGGGAGCGGCAGCUCACAUCGGACCCGCACCUGACCCAGAGGACUGGUGGAGCUACAAGGAUAAUCUCCAGGGAAACUUCGUGCCAGGACCCCCCUUCUGGGGCCUGGUGAACGCAGCCUGGAGUCUCUGUGCCGUGGGGAAGCGUCAGAGCCCCGUGGAUGUGGAGCUGAAGAGGGUCCUCUAUGACCCCUUUCUGCCCCCUCUGAGACUCAGCACCGGGGGAGAGAAGCUCCGCGGAACUCUGUACAACACCGGUCGCCAUGUCUCCUUCCUGCCUGCGCCCCGGCCUGUGGUUAAUGUGUCUGGGGGUCCCCUCCUUUAUAGCCACCGACUCAGUGAACUGCGGCUGCUUUUUGGAGCACGUGACGGAGCUGGCUCUGAACACCAGAUCAACCAUCAGGGUUUCUCUGCUGAGGUGCAGCUCAUCCACUUCAACCAAGAACUCUAUGGGAAUCUGAGCGCCGCCACCCGGGGCCCCAAUGGCCUGGCCAUUCUCAGCCUCUUUGUCAAUGUGGCUGGUAGCUCAAACCCGUUCCUCAGCCGCCUCCUUAACCGUGACACCAUCACCCGCAUCUCCUAUAAGAAUGAUGCCUACUUUCUUCAAGACCUGAGCCUGGAGCUCCUGUUCCCCGAGUCCUUUGGCUUCAUCACCUAUCAGGGCUCUCUCAGCACCCCACCCUGCUCGGAGACUGUUACCUGGAUCCUCAUUGACAGGGCCCUCAAUAUCACCUCUCUCCAGAUGCAUUCCCUGAGACUUCUGAGCCAGAAUCCUCCGUCCCAGAUCUUCCAGAGCCUCAGCGGUAACGGCCGGCCCCUGCAGCCCUUGGCCCACAGGGCCUUGAGGGGCAACAGGGACCCCCGGCACCCCGAGAGGCGCUGCCGAGGCCCCAACUACCGCCUGCACGUGGAUGGUGCCCCCCAUGGUCGCUGAGACUCCCCAUCGAGGACUGCGCCUGCCUUUCCCAAGCCUCCCCACAAGGGGAGGGGAGUCACCCCCAAAAACAAAGCUAUUAAAGGGACAGAAUACUUCCUGUA